ACAAGAACGGCUGGUAUUUAAGUUUAUUCAUGUAAACAAAUGGGUCAAACAAGAUACUUGAAGAUUCAUCAUCUUGUCAAUUUUGGUGUACGUGUGGCACACUUGGCCGGCUGAAAAGAGGGCGAGGGAGAUAUCUUGUCGGGGAAAAAUAAUAAAAUCAGGGAGACUAAUUGCCCAGGAUGGCACUUUUAAGGGCGUCUAUGAAUUUGAGUAAGGGACUCUGUCGGCAUCAAGGUGCUUGCAGCUUGAUCACCGUACCGGAGCGUAGCUUGAAGGUUGGGCCCAAAGGAACAUACAUAGCCAAGAUGAUACCUACCAUGGUGAAGCUGGAGGCUGGCAAGAAAUAUUCUUGGUGUAAAUGUGGACUGAGUAAGAAACAGCCAUUUUGUGACGGGGCUCACAAACCCACCGAGUUUAAACCAGUCCGGUUCGAGGUCGAGAAGAGCAAACCGUACCUGAUGUGUCGAUGCAAGCAAACGAGCAACCAACCAUUCUGCGACAUGACCCACGUCAAAGUAAUGUUUCAAUCGUUUACUGGUCAGCUGAAGGACAAGCCAGUUGGAUAGAUAUAUAUUCACUUGGGACUACUAGCAGUUGAUCUGCUUCCCACAUACAGGUAACUCUGCCUAAGUCGACCUUUCAUAAGCCGAAUAAUCGCCUCACUCAAAUCAAUAUUUCAGACCGGAUUAUUCAAAACGUGUUAUAAUUCUUCGAAGUCAAAUUACUCCUAAAUCGAACAGGGUCCCCUCUUACAAAGAGCUGCGAUUGAUUCGAUCAAUCUCAACUCUACGGAAAUCCAUAAUUGUCAUAAUUUCCUACCAAAAUUUUACACAAAGUUCACUUGUAAUCAAAGAGGAACACAUCAAAUUGUCAAGACAACAAUGAAUGUAUUAGUAUACAUCAUAUCUAGAAAACAUUUGAAACAAUCAUGCAUUUUAGAUGUUGACUUGGCUGGCUUUCCAUAGUUGUGGUUGAUCGGAUCAAUUGUAACUCUUUGUAAGACGGGGCCCUGAUAUCUGUGCUCCCAGAAGAUUUGACUUCGGCAGAGUUACCUGAAGUAUAAUGGUACGUCUGCUAAACCCAUUUGGUCCACUUCUAUCAACUUGGUCUAAUUGCCAUUUGGUGGAAACUAAACUUGGUCUAAUACCCACAAAGUCUCAUCGCCAUUUGCCCACAUGGUCUAAUUUCAUUUCAUCUACUUUAAUACUUUUUCGCAUUUGUUAUGUGAAUAUGUGGUUCAUGCGCAGUUGAGCUAAUCAUAUAGACUACAUGGUUUUUAGACCAAAUGGGUACUGGAUGUAUUGGGUAUAGCCUAACUAGGUACGCGAUAGCUCAGUCGGUAAAGCGGGGGUUCCGGUGACCAAGGUUCGAUUUCCCACUUGGUAUGCUAGUGCCCUUUGGUAAGGCAUUUAUCCUCAUUACCAGGUCCUCUGGUUACUUGCUUACAAGCAUUCAUGCUUUCUUGGUAUCAGGUAAGAAAAAAAUGCAAGACCAAAUUAGACAAAAGGUACUUUGGCUGGCAACUAGACCAAAUUGUUAGACUUACUGGUUGUAGACGAACUAGGAUUAGACCAUGUGGAAUGAGACCAAAUGGAAAGUAGACCAAGUGGGUGUGGACCAAUUGGCAAUUUACCUGAUAGAAAUCAUGUGAUCUCAGAGGCAUCUUGUAGAAUGUAGAUUUCUUUAUUUUUCGUCAUACCUUCUGAGAAGGGAGUGAUUGUUAUUAUUAUAAAGUCUUAUUUUUCCAGGGUAGCCUCAUCAGUGACAUACACUGUUCUCCCAGAGGGCCCGGCUACAUUUUAACACAUACAAAAGAAAAAAGGCAAAGGACAACAAAAUUAGAAUGAUACAAAAAGAGUAAACUUUAGCAAGUUGUGUCUUAUAACCUGGGUUAAUAUCUACGGUUUCUCCAAUAGGAUGAAAUAAAUGAUUGUAAAGUUGCAGCCCUUCCUACUGCAGAUGGAAUAUUAUUCCACAGAAUUGAACCGUGUACUGAUAUCCUUUUCUUUCCCUUCUCUGUUUUGCACUUUUGUAUGAUGAUCCCGUAACUGUCAGCAUUUCUGGUACACAAUUCAGUGUGGGUGUCUCAAUACUCAACUUAAGGCUUGUUUCAUAAAGAGUUCAGUUACAACGAUUGUUAGCUUGCCAUUAUCGCAACUACCAUGGUAACAGGACUCAGAAGCCUAUCAUGAUCAAGGUUUCCAUGGAAAGACAAUAAUGGCAAAGUUACGAUAGUUGUAAGACUUCAUGAAACGGGCCCUUGAACUACAUAGAGGGCUUUCAGAGGAUGCCUUACGGAUGUUGAGGUAUUCACUGACAUAGCAACGCACACAACUCACUGGAAGAAAAAUAACCCAUUGGAUCAUCUUUCCAUGCAGAACUUCUUCCUUAUUUUUCUUUUCCUUUUGCAUCAUCCAUGUCUUGUUCCUCAUCCUAUUGCUUGUUUUGGUUUCUCAUUUGGACCCCCUCCUCCAUUAUUGGUCGAUAACACAACACAUUAAAAAUCAAAAUUGGUAUUUGCAGUUUGAUUUUGCAUCAUUUUACACUUUCAACACUACAUCUCGGUUGGAAAUUUUAUAUCCUGCAAACCCACCCCGCCCCUUUUUACAACAUUUACUGGAUAAAAAAUAAAGUCAUGCGCAGGGUAAAUAUUAGAUAAGCUUACUUUACAGAUCACAGAUUUGCUAAUUUGUGUGAUUGAUUUGUAUGAUUUGUACAUUCAGAAUCAUGUUUUUAAAUUUUGUCUAAUUUUCAUUGAUCCUGUUCACUAUAUAUUCUGUCUUGAUUUAUCUGAGCUUUACUGUGAAUUUCCCCCUUUUCCUCAGAAAAUAAGGGGCCCCAUUUCAUAAAGAGUUACAACUGUUGUAACUUUUCCAUUGUGGCAAAUACCAUGGUAACAGGGCUCGCAGCCAAUCAAAAUCAAGGUUACCAUGGAAGUUGCCAUAAUGGCAAAGUUACAACAGUUAUAAGUCCUUUCUAAUAUGAAAUGGGCAAAAUGUAUGUUGUCCUUGGUGAUGAAGUGAUUAUUUUUAAAGACAGUAUAAUUGUCUGUCAACUGAGCAGAGUCCAGAACAUUUCAUAUUUAUUCUGAAAGGUAAAACAAGCUUUACAACUUUUCUUUAGUUUUGGUAAAUCCCUCUGAAGUGCAUGUCACUAUUCUAAUUCACUACUAGAUCAUUAAGAAUGUUUGUGUUCUAAAACAGGUAUGAUUUGAAGGAGACGGUAUGAAAUAAAGAUGUAAUUUAUUGGAUGCAUUACCAGAUAUAAGAUCAAAAUUUUAUUUUGAUAAGAUGCCAAAUCAAAUGAAUGUUAUGGUGACACAACAUUUGCUCCGGUCUUGAUCUCUCAGGGCAUGGGGUUAGAGUUAUGAGUAGCAUUGUAAGUUUUUGGUUGAGAAUAAUGUAAAGGAUAAGGGUUUGUUUAGGUUUGAAGGUUAGGUUUUAUGUUUGGCUAAACAUGCUGAUUUUCCAUCAGAGCAAAUGUCAUGGAACCAUAUAUAUUAGGGAUAGAGAGCUCUAGAUGUCCAAUUUGAAUUCCAGCGGCUGAAAAUGGCUGAGUAACAUGAAUUUUAUUCCAAAUCUCUUUGGAUUGCUAAGAUAAUGUGAUUAUUAUCUAAAUGAGAUUAAUGGUAUACUCAUAUUAUCCUCCUCUUCACCUUUCAUAAGAAGGUUUAUACUUGGUGAAUGAGUUGAUAACUAGCACUUUAAAAGUGUGGUCAAAAUUAACCUUAGGUUAAUAACUAAACCAUUGAUAUGAGAAAAACCACCAAUUAUGUUUAUAUUGAUCAAAUGUGUGUGGGAUUAGUUAUAUUUUAAUAUUUUUAUUGUGAUUUGUAUUCUUACAUAAAAUGUAAUAAAAAUGGAAUACUCAAUGAAAGACUCCACCCAGACUGUUUGUGUUUAUUUAUUGUCUUUAUUUUUACCAAGAAUAUCUUGCUUAUUCAUAUUAGUCCUUGGUUCACUGGCAUGCUUGACAUAUUGGACACAAUGAACUUAUAAAAAGAAUGAAAGAAUUAGGAAAAUAAAAAGCUCAGCACUUAAUCCUAUUUUUAAAAUGGAUUUUCAUGAAAAUGAAUGAAUUGUAAUAUUGAAAGGGUUAAAGUCACAUGGACGUCAGAUUUCACGGUUAGUGAAUUACUUUUCGCUGACUAGAGUCCUGGGGGGCAUUUCAUGAAAGGACUUGUCGGACGUUUUAUCCGACAAGUCCCAUUUUAUCCGACAGUUACCAUAGGAACAGUGCCUCUCAGCCAAUCAAAAUCAUGGAAAGAUGUCAGAUCUGACAACUUGUCGGAUGAAAAUAUUGAUGAAACGCUCCCCAGGUGGGUGUUUCAUAAAGCUGUUCGUAAGUUAAGAGCGACUUUAAGAACGACUGGUGAUCCUUUCUUGUGGUAAAUGGUAUAUUCAUUGGCGAUGGUUUAGCCCAGGGCCUCGUUGCAUAAAAGUUACUAUUAUGGUAACUUUGCCGUCCAACGGUAACUACCAUGGUAACAAUGCUUAUCAGCCAAUCAAAAUCCAGGAUUUCAUUGGAUGACAAAGUUACAUUAACAGUAACUUUUAUGCAAUGGGGCCCAGACUUGUGAAAAAGCUUUUGAAAUGCUUGUAAUAUUGAGUCCUUUAGGGGAAGCCAAACUUGGUGUUCCAGUGAGAAACUCUUCGGCCAAGCCUGCUCAGCCCUUGACAUCUGUCAGUCGAGGGAAAUUGAUGAUUUUGACAAAAAGUAAUUUCCAGUGGCAUUACAAAGGCCUGAAUUUACAAAGGUGGCUUUCAAAACCAUCGGUUGAA